UUCCUGCUCCACUUCCACACAAACACGGCCUCUCCCCGGGCAUGUUCUGUUGUUGUCCCGUCUGAGAGUGUCUAGAAAGCUCUGAGCAGCCUCGGGAACCCCGGACUCUGUUCCAGCUGUGUCUUGUCCUCUCGCCGUGGUCUCCGCAGGAGCCGGGAGUGAGUUUCACCUGGACAUUUACUCAGGACUUGUUCCUCCGGGGCAGCGGGAGCUGCUGUUGUUAGGACCGAGCUGCGGAGCUGCAGAGCCGCUUAAAGGGCCAGCGGUGGUGGAGCCUCGGCGGGUCUCCGGGUCUCCGGUCUCCAUGGCAGCGGUAGUCAUGGCAACAGCCCGCUCGGCCAGCAUCUCCCUCCUGCUCUGCCUGCUCGUCCCGGGAUGCGGGUCCUUCAACCUGGACGCGGAUAAACCCUCCGUGUACUCCGGACCGGAGGGGAGCUACUUCGGCUUCUCCGUGGACUUCUUCAAGUCCACCAACAACCUGAACUCAGACGUUCUCAUUGGCGCUCCGCGGGCCAACGCGUCCUCCAGCAGCGGCAGCAGUGUGGUGGAGAGAGGAGCAGUGUACAGCUGCCCCUGGAAGAGGUCGUCCUUCUGCCAGGAACUGCAGUUUGAUGACACAGAUGACAGGAAGAAUGAAAAGAAUGAACAGAUGGAGUUUAAGUCCAAGCAGUGGUUCGGUGCGUCGGUUCGAUCUGAUGGAGAACACAUCCUGGCCUGCGCUCCAUUGUACCAGUGGGCGACCUUCGGCGUCUCUGAGCGUGAGCCGGUGGGGACAUGUUAUCUGAAGAAAGGAAACACGGUGGUUGAGUAUUCACCCUGCAGAUCAAAUGCGUACUCACCAGAGGGGCAAGGCUUCUGCCAGGCCGGCUUCAGUGCAGACUUCCUUAAGAAGAGCAAGAGGGUGGUGGUGGGAGGACCUGGCAGCUUCUACUGGCAGGGCCAGCUGAUUUCUGAUGACGUCUCUGAGAUUUUGACUCGCUUGAAAAAAGAAUACAUCACCCCCUACGGGAACACGCUCGCCACCAAAUCAGCCGGUGCUCAGUAUGACGACAGUUACCUUGGAUACUCUGUGGCAGUUGGUGACUUUAAUGAAGACGGAAACGAAGAUUACGUGACCGGAGUGCCCAGAGGGGACAAAGCGCUGGGUUACGUGAACAUCUUCAACGGCCUCAACAUGGUGUCCAUGAUCAACUUCACAGGCUCUCAGAUGGCUGCCUACUUUGGACACUCUGUCGCUGCCUCUGAUCUCAAUAAUGACGGUUUCGUGGAUCUGCUGAUUGGAGCUCCACUCUUCAUGGACAGAGGCUCAGACGGAAAACUGAGGGAGGUGGGACAGGUGUCCGUGUACCUGGGCAGAGGUGGAUUUUCCUUCCACCAACCUCAGACGCUGACGGGCUCCGAGGUUUACGCCAGAUACGGCUCUGCCAUCACAGCUCUGGGAGACCUCAACAGGGAUGGAUACAACGAUGUGGCCAUCUCUGCUCCGUACGGCGGCGCCGACCACAUCGGCUUGGUGUACAUCCAUAACGGGCGCUCGCAGGGCCCCGACCCGUCACCCUCUCAGGUGUUGCAGGGCAAAUGGGCCUCCAGCUACAUGCCCCCCAGCUUUGGAUACUCCAUCACUGGAAACACUGACAUAGACCAGAAUGGAUAUCCAGAUUUAAUAGUUGGAGCGUUCGGAGCAGACAAGGCUGUUUUAUACAGAGCCCGACCUGUGAUAAGUGUCAACGCCACGUUAGACAUCUCGCCUCAGAUCGUCAACCCAGAGGAGAAGAACUGCGUGCGUCCCGGCACCAGCACAUCUGUGUCAUGUUUUAAGGUGAAGUACUGUCUGAAAGCCAGCGGCCACGGAGCUCCAGGCACUCUGACUUUUCGCGUGAACCUGAUGUUGGACCGUCUGAAGGCGACGAAACGCGUCCUCUUUCUGCACAGCGAUACGUCCCAGUACGCCAAGAACAUGACGGUGAACAACGGACAAAGACCCGCCUGCGAGGAGCAGGAGGUCUACCUGACGAACGAUGACUUCCGGGAUAAGAUCACUCCCAUUUCUGUGGCGAUGGAGUACAAUCUGGACUACCAGCGGGCUGCCGACUCCACCGGACUUCUGCCCAUCCUGGACAUGUCUACGCCAUCUAACAUCACCAAGCAGGCUCACAUCCUGUUGGACUGUGGAGAUGACAACAUCUGUAAGCCUGACCUCCGCUUGUCAGUGAAGAGCGACCGUGAGCAGAUCUACAUCGGCGAUGACAACGCUCUCACUCUGGAGGUGACGGCAGAGAAUCAGGGCGAGGGAGCGUACGAGGCUGAGCUCCACGUCUUCCCGCCGCAGCAGGCCGACUUCACCAGCGUCGUCCGCAGUCAGGCUCACUCCAGGCUGUCCUGCGCUACCAAGAAGGAUAACCAGACCAAGAUGGUGGUGUGUGACCUGGGAAACCCCAUGAAGGGAGGAACUAAGAUCCUGGCUGAGCUGAGAUUCAGCGUCCACCAGCUGUCCGAGGAGGACACGUCGGUGAAGUUUGACCUGCAGAUGGUCAGCUCCAACCAGUUUGAUAACACCAGUCCUCGUGUCUCCACCCUCACUAAGCUGGCUGUGCUCGCCAAAGUCUCCAUCAGAGGGUCAUCGUCUCCCAGUCAGGUGCUGCUUCCUGUAGCCAACUGGAAACCUAAGGACCCCCCCAUGGUGGGAGACGACAUCGGACCACAGAUAUUACAAGUCUACGAGCUGCUGAACAACGGGCCCAGUACGUUCAGCAAGGCCAUGCUGGAGGUGGACUGGCCGUACCGCUACAAGAACGGCUCCUUGCUCUACAUCACCAGCUUCGAGACGGAGGGACCCAUCAACUGCACCACGGACGUGGAGAUCAACCCGCUCAACGUCUCGAACCCGCUGACGUCCCAGAAAAACACCAGCGUUAUUCCACCAAGGGAACGAGAGGAGGGACGAAACCGAAACCACGUCCGCAAAAAAAGAGACCUGGAGUCCAGAGACGCCCAGAGUGACCACCAGAUACUGGACUGCAGCACAGCCGACUGUCUGAAGCUCAGGUGUCAGGUGGGUCGUCUGGAGAGGUCCAAGAACGCCAUCCUCUUCAUCUACUCCAGACUGACUGUCAGUAACUUCCUCAGGACUGAGAAUCAGAACCGUUCGUACGUGGUUCAGUCUGCGGCGUCCUUCCGGGUCAUCGAGAUGCCGUACAAGAACCUGGAGUCAGACCCACCGUCCAACAGCACCACUGUGAAUUUGACGGUGACGUGGGUGACUGAGAAGGCGGAGCCGGUACCGGCCUGGGUGGUGGCUCUGGCUGUACUGGCGGGACUGCUGCUGCUGGCGCUGCUCAUCUUCAUCAUGUACAAGCUGGGCUUCUUCAAAAGAGUGCGCCCCCCCCAGGAGGACUGCACGGAGAAGGAGCAGCUGCAGCCGGAGGAGAACGGCAACACUGACGCGUAGAGGCCCCGCUGUCAGGAACUCUGAGAAAGUCCAGGAGGGAAGAAAUCAGGGUAAAAACGGCCUCUGAGAGAAUUCACUGUAUUGACUGUUGGACGGCAGAUCAUUGAACGGUACUGGUUGGAGGUGUAAGGACGGUGUCUGCAUUAGUCAUGUUGCAUUUGUGCCAAAAACAGAAAGAAGCUGGAAAACACUGGUCACCGAUGAAAUCUUUGAUGGUCAAUGUGUUCAUACUGAAGUUACAGGAAUAGUUCAUCAUUUUAGGAGAUAAGACUCAUCACUAUGUGCACAUCCUGUACACAACAUUAAAAGCACUUAUUUAUUUCUCGAUCAGAGUCAGAUGUUCCGAUCGUGUCUACUCUAAAUAUGAGGCUCGCCUGGCUUGCUCCAAAAUCCAUGUCAGCACCUUGAAUAAAACUCUAAGACUGCAGGCUGUGCAAUCCGAACAUCCGUCUCUCCGCAGAGAUAGCUGAACUAAUCCUCCAACUUGUGGACGAUGUCUUCCAUUACUCCCAUGAAGUGACAGAAAAAACAGACAGACUUUGGCCUGAAUUGAAACCUUCUUUUUUUUUGUUUUGGUGCAAACAAAAAUGAUUGUGGAGCUGCAGGAACCUGCUGCCGUGAGAGUCCAGAACUGCUGGUACAUAUUUUGAGGUUCAUACAGAACCUUUGGGGAGUUCUUUUUUUCUGUCAGAGACCCCUUUGUUUUUGUUUUUUUAUUGAGUCUCCAUAAGAUUGCUUGUUUAAUUCCUCUCAGACUGCAGAAUAAUAAUCAUAAAAGUAAAACCAUAGAACCAGCAAUUAUACAGGAAAAUGAAAGUGGAUCACUGAUGUAGCGGAUUAGCUGCGUCCAGUUCUUUAUUUCUGGAUGAACGUGUUUAAACGCUCGGAGCUGAGAUGCUCAAGGCGCUACAGUAAUAUAUUUACCCCUUUUUCUAUUCCUAAUCUUGCUUUUCCUUACGGUUUCGUGUUUUUUCGGAUUUGAACUUCCCACAUUAGAGUUCUGCUUCGGGAUGCUGGUCAGGCGUCUGCAGGAUUUUCCUUUUAUGUAUUUUGUACAAAACAGUUGUGGUGAUUGCAAUCGUGGGUCCAAGUUUAUUUCAAUAGAAUCUUUUUUUAAUAAUUAAAAACAGUGGAAUGCAUAAGAUGACCUGUAAAAUUGAUUAUCUGUUAAGGCCCAUACCCAAAUAAAUGCAUUUCUUGGGUUUUGUAAGGUCAGUAAGGGGAAGCGCUGAGUAGGCAACAGGCUGGACAACAGACUAGGGACACGUUCUAAUGUUGUAGUUUGUAACAUGUGGAAAAAAAACAGAAGAUAAUUGAUAAUGAUCUGAAAAAUGUACCACUAACUCAUCCUGUCAUCUUUCUGAUCCAGAUUUACUUUACUUUGAUUAUAAGUUGCUGAAUGCUGUUGUGUGUCAUUGUGAACAAAUGUUUAUUACAUUUACCGUAAGUGAUUUAAAGACAGUUGAAACUCCAGAUUACCGGAAAUUGACUUCAAAUUCAGCUACUUUAAAGGGUUCAUUGAUCUUUCUGUUUCUGUCACGGUAAUCAUAUUUAACUGCUGCCUUGUUUAAGUCUGUUGCAUAACAAACUCAAAAGAGAAACUUAUUUUUUAUUUUUUGUCAAAAUCAAUGAAUAAAGUUAGUCACAUAAUCUCAGCAGCAGCUACGAUGUAUUAGGGUUGAUUAGCCGUUUAGAUUAUAAUUAAGACCAUAUGGAAUGUAAUGGCUGUUUGGGCUCCCCGGUGUCUCAGGGAUGAACACGAGAGGGAACUGACGUCGUUGAGAUGGAUAGUUUUCAUCGAGCUCUUUCAGACUGCAGGUUCCUUCCCAACAUGAGACAAACCUGUGACAUAAAUGCACAUUUGUUCUGGUUAAUCGUGUGAACGCCGCAUCAGAACCUGUCCCGACUAAAAUAAGACUGCUGGACAUCUGUAAAAAGCUGCAGUUCUUGUUGUAAGUAACUGUUCAAAAGCGCCGGUUAUAGUUUAUUUUCAGCCGUAUACAACACCCCUAGGAACUCUAUUAAAGUUGCCAGAUCCUGCGAAUGAUGUUUGACUCGACGCAGCACAAAAUGGAUGUUAGCUAAGACUUAGUUCGAUCAACAGUUUCAGUCAUUUCUCUAAUAAGCAGAAAAUCUCACUGCUUUAGCAUACAAUUCAGAAAAUAUUUGAAUAUUGUAAGACAUUUAAAAUGUAAUUACCUUUAAUCCCAGAGUUUGACUAAAUAGACUUCCAAACAACAGCAAAAUGUCCUUAUUUACGUAUAUAAAAUGACUACAUGCAAAAUAAGAAGCACAAAACUGGGCCUAACCCUAACCUGAGCCCAGUGAUGGAGCACAGCACCCCCACAACCGUCACUGUGAUCACAGACCAGAUGAUGAUGAUGACUACUUCCGUUGGCAGAUAUAACUGACUUCUCAAAGUGGAGAUUGUGCGUUGCCUGGCAACGGUGAUGCUCAUUGUUGCCAGGUAGUGGCUGGUAGGGAGCGGUAUGUUUUACCCAUAAUGAUGACAAAUAAAUGAAUUCCCAAAAUGCUGGAAUAUGCUUUUAAGACUGGUAGAAAUGAAAUGUGAGAAGUUGUAACGCCUCCUCGAGCCCAAAGCAGAACAUUUGACCAGCUUCACUGACCUGUAGUUACCAAUCUGCCUCCGACAGUCCUCUUCUAGGAAAGGUCUGCAGUUGCUGGAGCAGCUGGAGCAGCUGGAGCAUCUAAGGGACAGGUUUUAACAAAGUUAUUACUUUCCCACCUUUUCCUGCACUGAGGCUUUAAAAAAAAAAAUUUUUUUUUUUUGCUUUGUAUUUUAGAAAUAUUUUUCCUCAGAUUUCAGAAUGGCAACUGGCAGCUUUGCUGUGAACAAAAAAAUCAGCAAGUUGCUGAUUUUUGUUUACUGAUUCUGAGUUUGUGUGUUUGUGUGUUAGAAUAUGAAAAAGAACAACAAUGUGCUAUUUGCCCAUAUUGGGUUUGCAUUAUGAAUUAACAUUAAAGGUUGGUGGUAGUUUUGAAAAACAAUAUAUCAGUUCACGAUCACUUUUUUUUUCUUAUUUUCUGCUCCCGUGUGUGUCGUCACGCCGGGUCUGCUCUGCCGCCACUAAACAUCACUACUCAUUAGCAUUUCAUAACGGCUCCUGUUUUCAGCAGCAGAAAGUAGGUAGAUGCUUAGUUAGGUAUUCGUGCUCAAUACUCACAUGUAAAUUGUCAUUUUCACACCGAGACGCUUGUUCGGUUUCUGAGGAGGAAGUGCAUCAUUGAAUAAAAGGCCAACGCCAUUCUGAUGUCUAGGGCUUUCUUAAACUUUUGUAAGAUGUCAGACUGUUGCGUAAGAGGUAGACCAAGCACAAUAUUUCUUAAAAAAAUGUAAACCAAAGUGAUCUACGCCCUGUCCUUUGUGAAAUGAUGAUUUAUGACACAACAGAAGUGGUGUAUUUCUCCCUUCACUCGUCCACCUGCUGGUAAUUCAAUUUCUUUUAAGUUUCACUUCUUGAGGUGUUUAAGGCUGCAGGCUUUGGAAAGUGUGCAUUUAGACGUCAGACAAUGACGACACGCCGCUGGGUCACCGUCUCCUCCCUCUUCUCCCAGUAGAUGUCUUAUAAGGACAAUAACUAUCAAGGUCUCCGUUUGGAAGAAGUUUGACUAGAUUUGAUUGACUGAGUGUUAGAAACACAGCCAUUGCUGCCAAGAAACAAAAUAUUGAGUUUUCAGAAUGUGAUGGCGUACAUUCAGUGCAGCGUGUUUGUAGCAUGACCUGCAGCGAGAGGUGUUUAACGGUAGCAUUAACUUACAUGUUCUCCGUGCCACAUUUGGAUAACAUUUGUACAUGUUUUUGAAUCUUUAAAAGACUAAAGAGGGCCAAAAUGAUUGAAUGGACCCGAGAACACUGUCCACUAAUGUCAUGAAGAACAACAGCGAUAGAUGCAUCAGCUUUGGGUUUACUUUCCAUUUAUAGCAAACUUUUUUUUUAACUUUUACUGGUGUGUGUCAAAUGUGAGGAUUUAGAGGGUUUUUUUUGUGUGUUUGUGUGUUUUCAUGUAAUUAAGUGCAUAUUCUUCAGACAUAAACUUGAUUUUUGACGAACUAUGAGAUGCCUAUCAAUACACAUUUUGCAGAUAUUUAGAAAAUGAAAGUCAUUGUUAAGACUGUCUUGUCAUGUUUUGAUUGAAAUGUUGUGAAAUGUGCUCAGAAAUGUUUCAGUAAACUCACUUAGGUGACACACCAGCGGUUUUGGUGUUGGUACCGGUCUUGCUUCAGUGGGCUCUGGCCGGGUCGAUGUUGGGCUUCACUGCACUGUUAAAACUGUAGACGUUUUUUUUUUAUCUGAGGUCUCUGUACGACUAGACGAGGUUAACGGCGGACUGAAGUCAGUUCACUGUCGGUUUCUAUCACUCACACGGCCUGUGCACGUGCAUGCUCACGCCUGCGUGAUUGUCUCUUCCGUGAUCUGGUAGUUCAGCACCUGAACAGGAACACGGUGGGACUCCUGUGAUGGUCAGGAAAAGAAAUCGGAGAAGCUGAAGAACAAACCAGAUCCUGUCUAGCAGACCCGGUGAUCUGACUCCAGUCCUGCUGCUGUGUGUUUGAGGGUUUCAUGUUUUAUAUUUAAUACCACUUUGUGUCUCUUUUUGUCACAAAUAAAUCCUGGCUUUUUUUGAUGUAUGUAUUCUUCUACCUAGAAAGUCAAAAUUAACGGUUUCUUAAAGAUGAUUUCACCUUGGAAAUGAAAUAAAUUGAUCUGUUCACA